AUGGCCGCCCUGGGCCGGCUGGCCUUCCUGGCCGCUGCAGUGGUCUUCCACCUGGUCUACAUCUACUCCAUCUUCGACAUCUACUUCGUCAGCCCUAUUGUUUCUGGCAUGCAGCCGGUCUCCGUGGACCGUCCCGCAAACCAAAAGAGUCCUGCGGAUCGACUGGUUCUCUUCGUCGGCGACGGACUGCGUGCCGACAAAGCUUUCCAAGCCUUUCCCGAGCCAUAUCCCGAGUCGGACGCAGACCUUGUCCCCAGACACUUGGCUCCCUUUAUCCGCUCCCGCGUCCUCCACCAUGGAACCUUUGGAGUCUCGCACACCCGUGUCCCUACCGAGUCCCGACCCGGCCAUGUGGCCAUGAUUGCCGGCCUCUACGAGGACGUUUCUGCAGUGGCGACAGGAUGGAAGCUCAACCCUGUCAACUUUGACAGUGUAUUCAACAGGAGCCGCCAUACUUGGAGCUGGGGCAGUCCCGACAUCUUGCCAAUGUUUGAGCGCGGAGCCGUUCCCGGCCGCGUCGAUGCUUUUACGUAUGCUGCGGACUUUGAGGACUUCUCCAAGGACGCGACGCACCUCGACAUUUGGGUCUUUGAUCACGUCAAGGACCUGUUCACUCAGGCGGCGACCAACAGGACUCUUAACCGAGCCCUUCGAGAGGACAAGGUUGUCUUUUUCCUUCACCUGCUCGGCAUCGACACAACUGGCCAUGGGUUCAGGCCGUUUUCGAAGGAGUAUUUGCGCAAUAUCCAAAUCGUCGACAAGGGAGUUCAGGAGGUGACGGACCUCAUCCAGAAAUUCUAUGGGGAUGACCGAACCGCAUUCGUCUUCACCGCGGACCAUGGCAUGAGUGACUGGGGUAGCCACGGCGACGGCCAUCCGGACAAUACCAGAACGCCUCUUGUCUGCUGGGGCUCGGGCGUGGCGCCCCCUCUACUGCACCCGGGGAAAAUCGCCCCGGGCCAUGAUGAAUUGUCGGCUGACUGGGGCCUGGACCACGUUCAAAGGCACGACGUCGCCCAGGCCGAUAUUGCUGCGCUCAUGGCCUGGCUCAUUGGCGCCGAAUUUCCAGUAAACUCAGUGGGCAAGUUGCCUCUCCCGUACAUGGCUGCAAAUAUACGGGAAAGGGCGAGAGGUUUGCUGGCCAAUGCCCGCGAGAUUCUGGAAAUGUACAGGGUCAAGGAGGAGAAGAAGCAAGCAAACGAGAUGAGGUACAAGCCGUACGGUGCCUUUGCCGUAGCGGGGCUUACUCCGGCAGAGCGUGUGGCUCACAUUGAGGAACUGAUCGCACGUGGAAAAUACGAAGAGGCCAUCGAAGAAUCGGAUGCCCUCAUCAAUCUCACGCUGGAAGGCUUGCGCUAUCUUCAGACGUAUGACUGGUUGUUCCUGCGGGCCUUGAUCACUGUUGGAUACCUUGGCUGGAUCGCGUACGCCAUCACGACGGUUAUCAACCUGUAUGUGGUUCCCGUUCCCACCGCACCCAAACGCAACAUCUCGACCGUUCUUGGAUUCUCCUCAGCCUUGGCCGUACUCUACGCGUCCUUUAUCGCUUCCAAGUCACCCCCUACGUACUACGCGUAUGCCUUCUUCCCCGUUGUCUUCUGGGAAGAGGUCUUUGCGCAAAGGGGCAACCUGCGAGAGGGGGGGCGGUUGCUCUUUGCGCAUAUUGGUUCGGCUGGCCAGAUUGCAGCUUUCAUUGCGAAUGCAAUCAUUUACUGUGCUAUUAUUAUAUCUCUGGCCCUUGGGUACAUUCAUCGCGAGAUCCUAACUGGCCUUUUCAUUCUGGGGGCGAUAUGGCCUGCCACGUGUGGCAUGUCCUUUGUCCGCUCAAACGCUCUGCUCAGCGCCGCCUGGGCCAUCUCGUGCUUAAUCAUGAGCACCUUCACACUCCUCCCAGCAAUGAAGCUUGAGAACGUGGAUUUGAUUGUGGGCAGCGGCGUCAUCAUGAGCCUGGUUGGACUGUUGUAUAUGAUUUUUGAGCCCUUCGUACUGUCCGACUUUUCCUCUGUGGGCGCCGAGUUCAACAAGCAUACAAACUCCCUGCUCAGCAGGGUGGCAACUGGUAUUCAGGUUGGCCUCAUUAUCCUCGCUACAGUAGUGACUCGGUCCAGCGCCCUGUCAAUCCAAGCCAAGCGAGGUUUGCCCUUGGGGAACCAGGUCACGGGAUGGGCCGUUCUGAUUGCCUCCUUCCUGACUCCAUUGCUCCACCGACUAUCACCCAACAGCAACUUUAUGCACCGCCUUGCCAUGAUGUUCUUUACAUGCGCUCCGACGUUCAUCAUCCUCACAAUUUCGUAUGAGGGUCUCUUUUACGUCGCUUUCUCGCUUUUGCUUCUCAUUUGGGUGCGUCUAGAGCAUCGUCUCGAGACGUUUGGCGCAAGCCAGAAUAGCAGUGCAAACGGAUCCGCGAAGACCGACAAGACCAUCUCAUAUCGGCCGUUGCGACUAUCUGACGCGCGCGUUGCCCUCUUCUUCAUGGUGCUCCUCCAGUCAGCAUUUUUCAGCACCGGAAACGUCGCGUCCGUCUCGUCCUUCAGUCUGGAGAGCGUAAACCGGCUGAUUCCAGUAUUCGAUCCCUUUUCUCAGGGAGCACUGCUCGUUCUCAAGAUUAUGAUCCCGUUUGUCCUCAUUUCGGCAAACCUCGGCAUCCUAAACACGCGGCUCCAGGUGGCGCCGUCAGCAUUCUUCAUGGUGGUUAUGGCAGUCAGCGACAUCCUGACUCUCUACUUCUUCUGGGUCGUCAAGGACGAGGGGUCUUGGUUGGAGAUUGGAUCCACCAUCAGCCAUUUCGUGAUUGCCAGUCUCAUGUGCGUGUUUGUUGCCCUGCUUGAGGGCGUCAGCGCCUUGUUCAUCAGUGGCAUCGAUGUUGGCGUGGCUUCCCAUCCAGGUCUGAACAGCAAAGUGAACGGCACAAAGGAUCGCAAAGAGGUGCAGAAAUAG